GAACUGAGAGCGAAACCUCUUACUAAAAGAGAAAAAAAAAAUGAUUUUACUCUUGGGCACAUGUCUUGGAUUGCUGUUCAACUUUGUUGAUUUUAAUACAGGUGCUGAUAUAAUUGAAGAAGAAAAGAUAGCCUUCCUUGGAGGGCAUGUGAGUUUGCUGUGCCUUAAUCUGUUGACACAGACAAACUGCAGCAAUGUUACAUGGUUGUCUAAUGAUAAUCCUGCCAUUGAGUUGGUCACCCUUGGUAAACACAAUCCGGACCGGUCACAGAGAGAAGGCAGAGUGCAUCUGAUGUCUAACUGCUCUCUACACAUCAGUGAACUCAAAGCUGCAGAUCAUGGAUGUUACACCUGCCGUCAGUAUUCAGGUGUGCAUGGAAGCAAAAUGCGAGAGGAUGCAAGAAUUUGCUUGACUAUUAAUGAAACUGUCCAUUCCUUGAACAAUAAUGACAGCAGUGAUGACAGAGAAGACCUGUUAAUGAUAAUAAUUGCGUCAGUGCUCAUCGUCGGUGCUUUGUCGGUGACAGCACUCAUCAUUUGGCACAGAUAUCACAGGAGAGGACAAGUGUGGACAUUAUUUAAAAAUCAAAACGUAUUGGAAUUUGAAACCAAAAUAACUGAACAUGAACACAAGAAUGGUGAAGAUGUGCACUACGUUGAGUUAAACCUCAAUGUAAUGAAACCAAGGAAAGUGGACACAGACAAAGUAGUGGACAAUGACCAAAAAACUGAAUAUGCUGUCAUAAAACUCCGCUAAUCGCUGUAAACAUGUUACACUAAAUAAUUCCUCACUUGUACAGCAUAAAAUAAGUUGAUUUCCUCGACUGCAUGAGUCAUGUGUGCAACACUUUAUCACAGAUUAUGAUUCCCAUGAGGUCUUUGUCUGUAUUUGGUCACUGGAUACUCACAAGUCACAAGUUUGUUGAACUUCCCAUUCUGUCGCUCUCUCUUUUGUCACAACCAUUUUUCCAUUUGUUUUUUUUCUUUUAGCUUUACUUCUUCAUUAAAUUAAGAUAAACAA